GCUGCUGGGCCCUGGCUGCCAUCUUCCCGGUGCCAAGCAUUCCUUCCCUCUGAGGUCAUGGGGCUGGAAAGCGAGCGAGGGAAGAAGAGGGCUGUCCCUUGCGGGCUGGCGUUGUGUGUCCUUCCGCAUGGCUGGAGCCAAGGGGAACGCCUCUGAAGGGCCAGAGAAAGGCGAGAAGGAAAGAAGGAAAAGAGCAAAGAGAGGGAAGGAAGAAGGGAAGGGAGGAAGAAACACAACUACCCUGCGCGCCCUGGCCAACCCAGCGAGGCAAGGGCACCUGGUGCGCCCCUGGUCCAGCCUCUGCUGCCUGAGAAACACUCCCUUCUUCCACCUCCUAGUAUUGCUUUAGUAUCUCUCCUCCGCCUUCCCUGGCUCCUUGGGAAGAGAGGCACACAGUGGUGGUGGUGUUGUUGGAAGAGGACAUGAGGAGUGUUGGAAGGGACUCUGAGGAAGAAAAACCAAGGCUGGGGUUGGUUUCUUCCUGAAGGAAAGGUGCCUUAGUCUUGACCCCCCCCCGCCCUUCGCCAAAGAAACCCUCCUUUCCUGCCCCAGAAAGCCAUGAAAUGGCUCUCUAGUUUUCCAAGCUGGGCCAGGUCUUUGGCUGCUGAAGGAGCCCUCCUUGCCUUGGGGGUCUGCACCAGAGUUGUUGUGGAUGCUGCCUUGGAACAGAAUCUGGAGGAUAACCUGCUAUUCUUUAAUGGCUGCAGCUGCAGCUGCUGGCUAAUGAUCUGGGGACUUUCCAGCUCUUGACUGUUGAUGAGAUUCCCAAUGUUCUUCAGUGACUUUUUGUGAAUGUCUGAGGGAAGAAAAUGCCUCUGCCUUUUGGGCUUAAACUGAAACGAACUCGACGCUACACAGUGUCUAGCAAGAGCUGCUUGGUGGCUCGUAUACAGCUGCUUAACAAUGAGUUUGUGGAGUUCACACUAUCAGUUGAGAGCACUGGGCAGGAAAGUCUAGAGGCUGUAGCACAGAGACUUGAACUUCGAGAGAUCACCUAUUUUAGCCUUUGGUAUUUCAACAAGCAGAACCAGCGCCGGUGGAUAGAUCUGGACAAGCCACUGAAAAAACAACUGGAUAAAUAUGCAUUGGAGCCAACUGUAUUCUUUGGGGUGGUUUUUUAUGUGCCUUCUGUCUCACAGCUUCAGCAGGAGAUUACCAGAUACCAGUAUUAUCUUCAACUGAAGAAAGAUAUCUUAGAAGGAAACAUUCCUUGCACAUUUGAGCAAGCAAUUCAUCUGGCCGGCUUAGCUGUUCAAGCUGAUUUUGGAGAUUAUGACCAGUAUGAGUCACAGGAGUUUCUGCAGAGAUUUGCCUUGUUCCCUGUGGGUUGGUUACAAGAUGAAAAGAUCCUGGAAGAAGCAACCCAGAAAGUGGCCUUACUCCAUCAGAAGUACAGGGGGCUCAUGCCACCUGAUGCAGAGAUGUUAUAUAUGCAAGAGGUUGAAAGAAUGGAAGGUUAUGGGGAAGAGAGCUUUCCUGCAAAGGAUAGCCAAGGAAGUGACAUUUUCAUUGGAGCUUGUCUUGAUGGAAUUUUUGUGAAGCACAAAAAUGGCCGACCUCCUGUCAUAUUUAGGUGGCAUGACAUUGCUAACAUGUCCCACAACAAGUCCUUUUUUGCACUAGAGCUGGCAAAUAAAGAAGAGACUAUCCAAUUCCAAACUGAAGACAUGGAGACGGCAAAAUAUGUGUGGAGAAUGUGUGUGGCCAGGCACAAAUUUUAUAGACUAAAUAAAUGUAGCCUAGACUCCCCAGACUCUCCGCCUGAGGAAGGCUCUCAGAAAUCUUUCCUCAUUCUUUCCUUUCCACGCUUUCCAAUCCUUUCUCGUCCUUCUCUACCCAAAGGACAAGCUCAUACGGUGACAGUCAAUCCAGUUAGGAGGCGAUCAUCGUCCAGGUUGUCUCUGCAGUCCAAGCCACAACCUUAUAUGAUGGCACCAGCUCCACCUCAGUUACACUACAAUGGACACUUCACAGAACCAUAUACAUCUUCACAAGAUAAUCUCUAUGGGAAUAACCAGAAUGGCUAUUACUGCCAUUCACAGACCAGCCUGGAUAGAGCACCACAUGACUAUAAUGGCAGAAUCCGCAAUGGCAGUGUCUAUAGCGCUCACAGCACAAGCUCCUUGAAUAACCCACAGCACUAUAUGCAGCCAUCGCCUAUGUCCUCCAACCCAAGCAUUACUGGCAGUGAUGUCCUCAGACCUGAUUACAUCCCAUCACACCGGCACAGUGCCCUUGUACCACCUUCUUAUCGGCCUACCCCAGAUUAUGAGACUGUCAUGAAGCAGCUUAACCGGGGAAUGAUACAUUCAGACAAGCAGAGUCAUUCCAUGAGAAACCUCAAUAUUGGCAAUUCUUAUGCGUACAGUAGGCCCGAUGCCAUGGUAUACAGCCAGCCUGAAAUCCGAGAGCAUGCAAAUUUCACUUCCCCUCACUCUGGGCACUAUCCAUUUAAUUUAAAUUAUAGUUUCCAUAGCCAAUCCCCUUAUCCCUAUCCUGCUGAAAGGCGUCUAGUAGUUGGAGCAGUGAGUGUUCCCGAACUGACAAAUGUUCAAUUGCAGGCACAAGAUUAUCCUGCACCAAAUAUCAUGAAAACUCAAGUAUAUCGCCCUCCUCCCCCUUAUCCUUAUCCUAGGCCAGCCAACAGCACCCCAGACCUGUCCCGACACCUCUAUAUCAGCAGUAGCAAUCCUGACCUCAUCACCCGACGGGUCCAUCACUCAGUCCAGACAUUUCAGGAAGACAGCUUGCCAGUUGCACAUUCCCUCCAGGAAGUGAGCGAGCCUUUGACAUCAGCCCGGCAUGCUCAGUUGCAGAAGAGGAACAGUAUUGAAAUAGCUGGUCUGGCCCACAGCUUUGAGGCUAUGAGGAUGAAAGAGAGGACCAUGUCAGCCUCAGCUGCAGAUGUAGCCCUGACAAAAGUGGUCCCUGCUGGAUCCCAGCCCACUGUUUUCUUGGAAAGAACAAAGCAAGAGGAAAAUGAGGAACAAGAAGAAAAUGUGAAUUAUGGGCAUAAGAAGUCUCUUUCAGAUGCCACUAUGCUGAUUCAUAGCAGUGAGGAAGAGGAGGAUCUUGAAGAAGAGAGCAAGAUUAAUCCAGCCCUCUCUCCAUUCAUUGAUGGUAAAUCCCAGCUUCCUUCUGUCAUUGGUUGUUACCCUCCUGAAUCCUUAUUGAACUAUCCUUACAGUUCUGUUGCUCCAUCUCCUGGUCCUUUACAUAUCCAUGAACCCAAGCUGCAUAUUACAGAGAGUGAGAGGCGGGUGAAAGAUGUGAGCCCCACCCAAAUCAUGGUUGACACUCAAGUACAGAGAAGAGGUGAUGGGAUGUUGACUCCAUCUGUGUCUGAAUCCGAUCUAACAAUGUCUGCGAGGUACAGAGUGCGGAAGGAUUCUGUAAAGAAGAGGCCUGUAUCUGAACUACUUUCAGGGAAGAAGAAUGUAGUAGAAGGGCUACCUCCUUUAGGGCAGGUCAUGAAAAAAACCAGAGCUGAAGCCAAAAAAAUAGGACCCUUGAAGUUAGCUGCUCUCAAUGGACUGACGUUAUCUCGGCUGCCACUGCCAGAUGAAGGAAAGGAGGAACCCACCAGAGCUACGAAUGAUGAACGGUGUAAAGGUUUGGAACAACGGCUAGAUCAAGGAAUGGUGUUUACUGAAUAUGAGCGUAUUCAAAAGAAAAGGCUUGUAGAUGGUGACUGUUCCAUAGCCCGUCUGCCAGAAAAUGCAGAACGGAACAGAUUCCAAGAUGUACUUCCGUAUGAUGAUACCAGAGUCGAGCUGGUCCCUACAAAAGAAAAUAAUACAGGUUAUAUCAACGCUUCCCAUAUUAAGGUCUGUGUUGGAGGUAUGGAGUGGGAUUAUAUUGCUACCCAAGGCCCUUUGCAGAAUACAUGCCAAGAUUUCUGGCAGAUGGUGUGGGAACAAGGGAUUGCCAUUAUAACCAUGGUGACGGCAGAAGAGGAGGGCGGCCGAGAGAAAAGUUUCCGAUACUGGCCAAGGCUCGGUUCAAGGCAUAACACAGUGACAUAUGGGAGAUUUAAGAUUACCACCCGAUUCCGAACAGACUCUGGUUGUUAUGCAACUACAGGUUUGAAGAUCAAACACCUUCUCACAGGGCAAGAGAGAACAGUUUGGCACCUCCAGUACACUGACUGGCCAGAGCAUGGCUGUCCAGAAGACAUAAAAGGAUUUCUGUCAUAUCUGGAAGAGAUACAGUCAGUACGGCGCCAUACAAAUAGCACUGCAGAUCCAACAGUUCCCAACCCUCCCCUGCUUGUGCAUUGCAGUGCUGGUGUGGGAAGAACUGGAGUGGUCAUCUUGUCGGAGGUCAUGAUUGCCUGUUUGGAACACAAUGAGCCACUAGAUAUUCCCAGAAUGCUGGAUAUGCUGAGGCAACAGAGGAUGCUGAUGGUACAGACCUUAUGCCAGUACACCUUUGUCUAUGCAGUUCUUAUUCAGUUCCUGAAGAGUUCAAGGCUUAUAUAAACCUUCCUCACUCUACUUCCGAGGUUCAUUCUUUGCAAGAGUUUACAAAAACAGAAAUUUGCCUUCUGUGGGGGCAACCUUCUUGGUUUGCAUUGAAGAUGCUGAAUAACAAUCAUUGCUGUUGGUCCUUGCAGAAGAAGAUUUUGAGUGGAUGGGCUUCUUUGUUCAUCAUGCAUUUGGAACUGGAACAAGAAAGGAAUGAGUGUGGCUUCUGAGAUAUAUAUAUACAUGUACUGAUAUGCCAUGUUUUUCUUGUACUUUAUGAGAUAAUGUUAUAGUAAGCUAAACUAUCCUACCAAGACAGCACUGCCCCAUACGAAAAAUAAUUGAUAUAUUUUAAAAUUUUAACUUUCUAAAAAAAAACUUGGAGGGUAAAGAGAGGGAAAAUGCUGAUGCUUUAUCUAUGUAUACUUGUAGAUAUAUUAUGUGGGAAAGGUGUUUGCUCUGCACAUAUCAAGGUCAUAAAUGGCAAUCACUUUUCUUCAAAUUUUGUAUUUAAGUCAAUGCUAAUAUAUUUUAAAUGCUUGUCAAUUGUACUGAUUUCAUAUUGGAACCAAUAUCUCUCAAGAAGCUGUUAAAAGUAUUUAAGCCAACUAGUUUUGUAUUUAGGGCUUUUUUUUGCUGCUCUGCUAAAACAAAACUAUGAACAGCACAGUAUUUUAGCACAGUGUGUGUGUGUGUGUGUGUGUGUGUGUGUAUAUAUAUAUAUAUAUAUAUGAAGUAAGAAAGAGGUUAAAUUUUUGGUUUUGUACAGAGAAAGGGGAGGAAAUGACGAGAUAGUGGCUUGUAUUGCUUGAGGUGUCGUGAAAUAAGGAAGGACAUGUAUUUCAAGACAUAUAUUAGGAAAUACAUUUGCAGGUAAUGGGGUAAGUAGUAAAGUAGGACAGAAAAUGCCAGGAAAAAUGGCUCUAGCAGGCACUUAUUUUAUCCCCAGUAGAAGAAAUAAAAGGAGGAUGUUGUUGCCUACAGUUGUAGGCCAAAAGGGAGGGUGGGUGGAUGAAGUAUUGGAGAAUGUUAUGUUGUUUGCCAAGAGUUCCAAAGAUAACCAAAAAGAAGCAUAUGCUCAUUGUAUUCAUUUAUUUACAACCCAGUUUGCUACUACUGGUUGAAGUCAAGGUGGAUAAAAAAUGCCAUUUAAGCACUUUCUUGGCUUUUAUUUAUCUAGGGAAUUAUUUUGGCUGUUCCAGUAUGUUUAACUGAUACCAGCACUCAUUUAAAAAGAAAACUUCAGAGGAGCAUUUUACAAUGGUAUGAGUUGAGUGCUGACUUGGUUUUAAAGUAGAGCAUUCCAGAUUGGUAAUUAAGGAAGCAGUACGUGGACUGGAAGAGUGCAAGUGUGAUGAUUGGUUUGCAUGCUUUAGUACACUAUUACUUUUUCUUUUUUAGCAUGUAUUUCCCAAUCAAGAAAAUCAAAGUGUAUUGUAUCUUCAUAUAUUUUUAACCCAUUUCCUUCCUCUCCCGGAUGAUAUCCCUAAGAAUAGAUUCUUCAGUAGUGCUGAGAUGAAAUUACAAGGAGAUCCAGAUUUUGAGAAAUCUUACCCCAUUCUUUAUGAUCACUUGGGACUUCAGCAAUGGUAAAUGUUCUAACAGGGUGACAAAAGCCUCUGGAAGAUACAUAUUCAUCAACAGCAAAAAGAAAAAAGAAAAAAAAUGGUGGUGGUGGUGGUGGGGGGUCCGUAAUGCCUAGCAUGAUAUUAAAAAGUUGUGGCUAGCUAGCAAUUAUCUACAGACACCUAAACAGUACAUUUAUCUUAUGGUGGUUUUGAAUACCACUUAGGUAGAAAAAUUGCCUCAGACCUCUCAUUGGGCUGUUGGGAUUAUUAUACAUUAUUUAACCAGAAACCAAGAUGAUCUGUAUUUAAGGGGCACUCUGGGUAAAGCUUUGUUUUCAGUAUUGACCAGAACUGUUCAUGGGCUGUACAGCAAAAUGAAAUUAAAUAAUGGGAAAUCUGCCAUUAUGUUUGUGAUGUGCCUCAGAGAGUUUGAGCUAGGCUUCAUGGCAUGUUCUUGAGCUGGCUCAAGAGCAAUGGUUGGAAGAUUCAGACUGAUUUUGAUGUCCGUGAUGUUAAUUUGUGUUGUACAGACUCUCUUGAUCUCCAUUAGAGAUUAGUCUGAGUGAUCCAGUUUUCCAGCCAGUCCUUUUAUUAACAGUAGCCUCUGCAACUGAUUCAGCUGAGUUGUGGUAUUCUGCCUAAAUUCCUUGAAUCAGCAAGUCCAUUCAUAAGCUCUGAAAAUGCUACAUUUAGAGAGAGCUUUCUAGAAGACUUAAAAGUAACACAGAGGGGUUUGGAAUUUUUCUGCCAGCACAAUAUGACUAUCAGAAGUGUGAUAUUCCUACAUAACGCAUUAAAAAACAAAAGCAAAUUCCACCACCAAUAAUGGAACAUACAAAUAUGCUCUCAUAAUUUGGAGAAAUUGGCUUUUGAAACUCACAAAUAUUUUUAAGGUUGUUAAACUAUGGCUGAUAUCAUAUUAGCAGGAUAUAUACCUGCAUAUGUCUUUUUUGGGGUGCUGUGAUGCUUUUUUGUGUGCUGUUCCUUUCCUCCAUCUGUUGCAACCAAUGCCUCCCUAGACUUACUGUACAGUCUUUGAAGCUGCCCUCCCAGGCCAUUCUGCAUUCUGGGAUGCAGGCAGGAUCCUAGAAGGAUCUGACUAUGUCCCCAUAAACAGACUUGAAAUUAUUACAGCAUCACUGAGACCUUUGGAGGACCUCAGUGGAUCUCAGCACUGAACACAUUUUGCAUCUGGAUACAAGUACAUAACUAGAUCUUCUCCACUCCUGGGGCACAUAAGGGCCGUGUAGGAGCUUUCAGAGGCAUACAUUAAGUAGGGAAAAUAGUGAUAUAUGGCUUGGCUUAGUGUUAGUCCACAUGUGGAACCACUACACUACACUCAACCAUACAGGAUUGUGGCCCUUGUCUUUUGGUUUCAUCAGGCAGUUGUUCUCUAGAGCUUUCAUUCACUGCAACUUGUUUUUUUUAUAAUGGAAUUGGGGCUUUGUUCAUAUGCAGUCUUCCUUGCCCAAAACAAGGGGGAAAGGGAUAAUGUCAUUGUUACACUAAGCACUAAUCUGUCCCUGAACUGGCUUGGAAAAAAGAGAGGUGCAGCAGACACUCAGACAUAAAACAGCAUGGGUUCCUAAUUCUAGCUGCUGUUUACCAUAAUGAAGUGUUUUCUAAAAGACGGGCUUAUUGAGAUACAUGGAAAAGGAACAGAUUGAGGAUUUUUCCUCUCCACCUGCAAGAGUGUAAUUUGCUGAGCUCAAUUAGCAAAUUUUGGGAGGAUACUAUCACCCAGCUCUGAUCUCUGUUUGGCAUGUACUAUGCUUAGUAAUACAAAAGUACUGCCCAUAUCCACAGUUAGGUGUACCUUUUAAAGGAAUUAAUUCUGACUAGCUCAAGUGUUUACAGCUGAAGUGAUCAACCUUGUUUAUUUUAUAGUAUGUGUGUAUAUGUGUGCAUGUGUUUGCUGCUGUUCAAUAGCUAAGCUCCAAACCAGAAAUAUAAGCUAUAAGGUGAGGAUCUUGGGAGCCCUACUACUUCUGUACAAUGGACAGAACAGGUCAGAAACCUUUAUAGUACAUUUGUGGGCUGCCCAGUUGAGUCACCUAGAGAAUUAAAGAAGUGCUCCUUACCUAGUUUGGGGGUGAUGUGUUUGCUUGCUUCCAUAUUUGUUUGUUUCUCUUCACCUUCCAAAGAGCAUUUGCCUCAGUUACAGGGCAUGCUGCUUUUCACAACCACAGGAAUGUUUUUAAACAUUGCUUUAUGAUGGGCAAUGCUGUGAGGGAAAAAGAAAGUUUUCUCAAGUAUGCACAAGAUACUUGGGGGCCCAAGGGAGCCCUGAAGUAUGGUCCUUGUCACUACAAUACUGUACGGACCAGUUUCUCUGGCUCUCUUUUGUGUCUGCAGCCAUACUUUUUGGGAAUAUGCAAGUGCAAGCUGUAAUGCAGAAUGAUUUCAGUCUUUGACAAGAGCAGAAAUCCUCCAUGCUGUAUGUAGAGAAGAGGAUAAGAACCUACCCUUCCUCACUUAGUUCUCCCACCAUACCAUUCUAAACUCUCUUGAUCUCAUGUGAUUUUGGAAGCUUUGGAGGUUGUUUAGUAACUUGGAUGUAAGACCACUGUGGAAUCAGGUUUUUUUUUUUUUUUUAAAUUAAGCCUUCAAAAGAAUCCUGCUUGAAUCCCUCAAUAUUGCCCGUCAGACUUGACAUUAAGAUAGUUGUGUAGGUUUCUGUUUCCACACAGUCUUUUGGGGUAUGGUUUUAUUGAUUCAAUUUUGUGUUUCACUAAAACUUAGUCAAUCAGCUUAAAUCGUGGUUUGAGGUUUUGUUGCCCAAAUCUAUGUUCUUAUUAUGUUGCCUUGUGAAAGGAAAGAUGUGGCACAAUGCUCCCACCUCCAAAGAAAUCUUUGGUUGCUCAAAGAACAUGACAUUUAAUUUAAUUGAGGUGGCUACCAGAUACAGCGGGUAUGUGUUGUAUGUCUGCAGCUGCUUUAGGUGCACUGAACCAUCUUGAAGCACAUUAGUAAAACUUACUGAAGGGAAGUCGGAGCCAUUUUUUUAUUGGACUAUCCUGAGACAUAUAUGAGUUUGAAAAUGUCUAAAAAAGAACUUCCAGAACUGUUGGGCAGAAAAUAGCCAAUCAGUUUAUCCCAUUUUCUUACUAAAGUUAAGUUUCAGAAAACAUCCAGGGAUAGUUGUGUUGGCCAUAUAACAAAUCCAAUCAAAAAUCCAGCAAACAGUGAUAUCUUUAUUGGCCAACAGAAAUAUAUAUGCACAAUAUAUAUGCUGCAAGCUUUCAAAGCUUCACUGGCUUCUUCAUCAGACAAGGUGUUACAAACCAAACAGAAGAGAAAAAAAUAUGAAGAUGUUAAGUCCUCCUUCUGAUCAUGUGGCAACUGGGAGAUUUUCAAAGUCCAGAAAAUUUAACAUCCAUUUGCAUCUCAACAAAGACACUUCCUUUGCAAUCCAGUAUGUCUCCAUUCUUUGUGAGGCCACUUUGAGAAUCUCCUAGCAUCCACAUGGCCAGCAUGCAAGAUAUGCCCUGCUUGCAUGCCAUCUUAAGAAGAGCAACAGCAAAAUGCAGGCCUAUGUUCUCCUGUUUGGUUUGUAAUACCUUGCCUAAUGAAGAACCCAGCAAAGCUUUGAAAACCUGCAACAUGUAUAUUAUUCAUUUUGAUUGGCCAAUAAAAGUAUCACUGUUUGGUGGAUUUUUGAUUAAAGUUAAGUUUGUCAGAGUUGGAGUAUGAUUCUCUUUUCCUGAAUUGUUCCUGAAAUGGCAAUUCAUUUAGGGACGUAGGGCAGUCUGUUAGUUUGAAUUCAUAUGCUACUAAGCAUGUGAGUUACUUCCCAAUAUCUAGGAUUUUGCUGCUUGUAGGGGGCAACUGUAUGGAUUAGAUAAAAACAAAGGCAUAAAUCCUAAGGUAGGCCUUACUGCAGCCAUUGAAUCAUUUCAAUUUACUUAUGAGUUGGUUUACCAUUUAACAGUGGAUUAAAUGUUACUGUUAUAAUUGGAACUAAUCAGAAGGCUUUCAGCAAAAAGACCUGUGGCAGCCUUAAAGAUUUCCAAAUUUAUUACACAGUGCUAUAGUUUAUUAUUGCAUUAUAUCACACUUACAUUUACAUGUGAUUAUACAUGUGUUAUCGUAGAAUCCUGUAUGACCAUUAUGCACUACAUUGUACAGUUAGCCCUCCAUAUCCAUGGAUUUUUUUAUCCGCAGAGUCAAGCAUCUGUGAUUUUAAAAUAAAUUCCAAAAAGGAACCCCUGAUUUUGUCAUUUUAUACAAAGGGCACCAUCUUACUAUUGCAUUGUAUUUAAUUGGACUUGAGUGUCCACCAAUUUUGUUAUCCAUGGGGGGUUCUGGAACCAAACCCUGGCAGAUACCAAAGGCUCUCUAUACCAUAACUUAAUGGAUUCUGGCCAAACCUCACCCCUCAAAUCCCACUUACCAGUAAGCAUCAACUGGGAUAGAGGGUGUUCUGCUCCUCUGUUGAUAGAGAAGCACCUGCCUAACAUUCCCACCCUUUUCCAUGAGUGAUGUCUGUCAUGACAGGCAAAGAAAGGACCCCUGUUGCAAAUCCGACUCAUGCCAGACAUUGCUCACCAAGAGAUAGGUGGAAAUAUCGCUAAACCAGUUUUCAAUUGACAGGGGAACUGACCCCUGUAGAUCCCAGUGUCUGCUGAUCAGUAAGUAGGGUUUGGGGGACUUUCAUGGUCCCUAUGUAGCCCCAAAAGUAGGGACUAUGCAGGGAUUGUGAAUACAUAGCAGUUACAAAUGCAUGCAUUCAUAAUUGCCUAACAGGAUGAUCGCCAUAAUCUUUCAAAUGCCAUAGGUUUCUGCUACUUCUGGUGCAAGUGGCUGACAAAGGUGGUGGUGGCUUCCUACACCAGUAAUAUGCUUGCAAGGGUUGGACUUCACUCGUAUGAGUUAGAAACAUUUUGUACACAUGGUUACUGAAGAGCGGUAGGACAGGACUGCAAGGGAGUAGCUCCCAUGCCACUAUGGUUUUAUGUGAAUCUGCAUUGAAAGCUUUUUUUUGGGGGGGGGGGGCGUGUUGGUUAUCCUGAGAUUCAGAUAGUUGAAAAUCCCACUGCCCUUAAUCAGUUCAAUGUUCAGCCAUUUUUAGGAUUAACUCUUUACAAGUGAAAGAAGUGUAGUCACAUCUUGCACUUAAUUUUCCCUUUAGGUUUUUUUUUUUUUUUUUGGCAGCAGUAUACAGGGAUUUGUAUAAUACUUUGCUUCAACAGUAGCACAUGUCCCUUCCUCAAGUAUUAUUUUUCUAGUGUCAAGCUAAGGGCUUCUUUUUUACUUACAUGUGCUCUGCUUUCUCUUUCUCAAUCAGUACUGUAAAAAAUGUAUAAUCACUGCAGCUUUAAAUCUUGUACAAUUGAAAUGGGUUUGUAAAACAAUGUACAAAUUGUAUUUGAUAGAAAGGCUUGUUUUACUUUGAUAUGUAAUAUAUGUGAAAUGAAUUAUAUCAUAGUCUAUUUUUGCCAUGGAAAUAAAUAUUUGAAGCGCUUCUA